UAGCCAAAAACAAAAAAGAAAGCCCAUUUUAAAAUGAGGGUUUCACACAGGGACCCUCUCAAACACAGUGCCUCAAAAGUAUUGUAUAAAAGGCCCUUGUUAUGUCACAUAAAUAUAAUACAUAAUUAUUCAUAUUGUGCUUGAUGUAAGGCCAAAGCUGGAUUACAAACUGGGAUAAUCAGGCAACUGCUCAGACUCUCUGGGGUCCACAAAGCACCAGGUUCGAUGUGUGCAUGGCUCAGAGAAAUAUUAUGAAACACACCUACAUGAAGCAACAUGCACCACUGAUUUACAGCAUCAGCUGAAUGUCUUCUUGUUCCUUCAGUUGAAUAUUUGCGUUUUAUACUGCUUAGAUUAACGUGCUUAGAGUCUGACCUCUUUCUCAAAAACCAUGUCAGACACACAGAGUAUUUUUUUUUAUGUACGCCUUAAUGUGUGGAAGGGAUCUUGAAGUAGGUUAUAUUGUGCUCACAGUGCAAAUUCCCAUAAAUAUGUGUUUACAUUAUUUAUUUAAAGCAGUCUGCUUAAAAUAAGUUUGGGAUAUUGGGAUAUGGGUCAAAUGAAAAGUGCAUCAUUGCAUCAUUUUUCAGGGACCAAAUAUAUUCACAAGACACACAAAAGAAGACUACGAUAUGUCGCAGAACAAACAAUCAAAUGCAACACUAAAAUAUCCCUCACAAGUUUUGGGUGGUGUAAUUUCACGGUGCAGAGAUGGAUGGUGGUGGUGGAAGGUGGAAGGUGUCUUUCACAUGGAUGUAUAAAUGGUCCGUGUCUCAUUUUCGCCCCCAUGUGUUUAAAUCCAUUUUACACAGACAGCCACCCUGCUGUCAGAACCAGGGCACUAGAGGGCGCUCUCCCUCUGACAAACUUCCCCCACCCUCAUCUCCUCCACCUCCUCCUCCGUCUCCUUGUCACAUUGUCCAACAUGGCUGCCUCCAUGGCGAGGACCUACUGCUACGCAUCGCGGCAUGGAUCCUCUAUUCUUCCAAGGAGAACGAGUCUUCCCCUCACACUCAGAUCUAAAUUGCAUCUUUCCUCCCCUGUGCGUGACGGACUGCUGUUUUCUCUAAACAAACGCGGCAUCCUGAAGGAGUCUUUCCCAGAGGACGCGGCUCAGGACCGGCUCCCUCGGCUGCUCCAGUCCGGUGCUCAGACCGUGUACUGCGGCUUCGACCCCACGGCCGACAGCCUCCAUGUGGGGAACCUGCUCGCCCUCAUCGGCCUGCUGCACUUCCGAAACGCCGGGCACCACGUCCUCGCCGUGCUCGGGGGGGCCACGGCCCAGAUCGGCGACCCGAGCGGGAAAACGAGGGAGAGGGAGCGGCUGGCCGCGGACGCCGUGGAGGCGAACACCCGCAGCAUCCGCGAGAGCAUCCAGAGGAUCUUCACCAACCACGAGCUGCACUUUCACGACGGCUCCAAGAAGCUGGGCACCAUGAAGGUCCUUAACAACCUGAGCUGGUACAAGGACCGGAGCGUGGUGGGCUUCCUGUCCGAGGCCGGAAGGCACUUCAGGAUGGGCACCAUGCUCAGCCGCCACGGCGUGCAGUCUAGGCUGAGGAGCGCAGACGGUAUGAGCCUGACCGAGUUCACCUACCAGGUGUUCCAAGCUUAUGACUUCCACCACCUGAACCAAAUAUACGGCUGCAAGAUUCAGCUCGGGGGCACCGACCAGCUGGGCAAUUUGAUGUCUGGCCAUGAGUUCAUUCACAAAGUGAGCAGGGAGGAGGUGUACGGCCUCACCAUCCCCCUGGUGACCAGCUCGGUCGGGGACAAGCUGGGGAAGACGGCGGGAAACGCGGUGUGGCUCAACAGAGACAAGACGACUGCCUUCGAACUCUACCAGUUCUUUCUCAGACAGCCCGACGCCAGUGUGGAGGGGUACCUGAAGCUGUUCACCUUCCUUCCUCUGGCGGAGGUGGAGAGGUUGAUGGAGCAGCAGAGAGAGGAUCCAGGUAAACGCCUCGCACACAAACGGCUGGCUGCAGAGGUGACGAAGCUGGUGCACGGAAAGGAGGGACUGGAGAGUGCAAAGAGAUGUACGAACGCCUUGUACCACAGCAGCGUGGAGGCCCUGGAGGAGAUGAGUGACGAGGAGCUCCAGGAGCUCUUCAGGGAGGCGCCCUUCCAUGAGAUGCUGUUGGAGCCGGGAACCACCGUGAUGGAUGCCUGCCGCCUGAUCAAAGCAAUCCCAGAGGGAGCCAAAGGGUAUCGAAUGGUCUCAGAGGGAGCCGUGUGGAUCAACCACAAGCGGGUGGACAAGCCGGAGCAGGUGCUGAUCCCCAAACUCCACAUCCUAUCAAAUGGACUUACCUUGCUCAGAGUGGGCAAGAGGAACUUCUACAUCAUCAAGUGGCUCAGUCUCUGAGGCUCUCGAACGGGACCAGUUUGACCGUAUGACAGACUGACUGGGAAGGUAGGCGGUUACACCUCCGCAGGGUCAGUGAGCAGAGGUGGAUGGACUGAUACUUUGGAACAGCAUGGGGUUUCUGCCGCAGCCUAAACCCCUCAGCCAUUGCCUGUGGUUGUCAUAUAAAUAUGUAUAUGUACAGAUGUUGUGAUAUCUAUCUAAAGCUAUGGUAUUAAAGAUCAUUUUGAUAUUAA